CCCGCUUGUCACUUCGGGAGGAGGAGGGAUCCUACUCUAACCGACAGGUUCCAAGAUGGCGGCGUCCAUGGAGCUUAACUUGGAGUUAUUACCUUCAGAUCCUUUGCUGUUGAUUUUGUCUUUCCUCGAUUUUAGAGAUUUUGUCAGCUGCAGUUACGUGAGCCGUCGACUUCAUGAGCUGUGCAAUCACAACCCACUCUGGAAGGGACUCUGCCAGAAGUACUGGCUUUUAUCUGAGUCGGACAAAUCCGAGAGGGGGCAGACGUGGAAAGAUCUGUUCCGGGAAUACUACGGCGACAUGGGCCGUUACAUCGACCACUACAGUACACUGAAGAAGGCCUGGGACGACCUGAAGAGAUACCUUGAGCAGAAGUGCCCCAGGAUGAUCGCCUCUUUGAAAGAGGGAGCGAAGGAGGAGGAUCUGAAUGCCAUCGAGGCCCAGAUUGGCUGCGGGCUGCCCAGCGACUACCGCUGCUCUUUCCGGAUACACAACGGCCAGAAGCUGGUGGUGCCGGGGUUGAUGGGCAGCAUGGCCCUGUCCAAUCACUACCGCUCCGAGGACCUGCUGGACAUCGAGACGGCGGCAGGAGGCUUCCAGCACCGGAAGGGCAUGAAGCAGUGCCUGCCCCUCACCUUCUGCUUCCACACGGGCCUCAGCCAGUACAUGGCCCUGGAGAGCCUGGAGGGGCGUGCCUGCAGCGAGAUCUUCUACCACUGCCCAGAUCAAAUGGCACAAGAUCCCUCUGCAAUUGACAUGUUCAUUACAGGCUCUAACUUCACAGAGUGGUUUACCUCAUACGUGCACAAUGUGGUGACAGGCGAGUAUCCCAUAAUCCGGGACCAGAUCUUCAGGUAUGUCCACGACAAGGAGUGCGUAGCCACCACCGGAGACAUCAAAGUGUCCGUGUCUACCUCGUUCUUACCUGAGCUGAGCUCCGUCCAUCCUCCGCACUUCUUCUUCACAUAUCGGAUCAGGAUCGAGAUGUCAAAGGACGCUCUGCCAGAGAAUGCCUGCCAGCUGGACAGCAGAUAUUGGAAGAUCACCAACGCCAAUGGAAAUGUGGAGGAAGUACGGGGCCCUGGCGUCGUAGGAGAGUUUCCGGUGAUGUCGCCUGGGAAGGUGCACGAGUACGCCAGCUGCACCACCUUCUCCACCACCUCCGAGCAGAUGGAGGGCCACUACACCUUCCACCGCCUCAAGAACAAGGAGGAGGUGUUCAGCGUCUCCAUUCCCCGAUUCCACAUGGUCUGCCCCCCCUUCCGCGAGUCGGCCGUGCGGGCUGGCUCAGCGAACGACGUCACCGGCGCACCUUUCAACGAGAACUCUUCGGACACGGACGAUUACGACGAGGGCGAGCACCACGGCCUGAACAUCCCCGCCCCGAGCGGCCGCUGCCCGCGCCACAUCUAACGGACUUUUCCAUCGCCGGGCUUCCCAGCUCAACGGGACAUGGGAGCGGGUGGGAUUUUAAACCUAGCAGCUUGGUUGGUUUGUUUUGUUUUGUUUGUUUGUUUUUAUAUGGUUUAUUUUCUCGACGGGUCUUUGCUUUCGGGUGAGAAGCCUACCCCCUUUGCAAGCCGCAGCAGAUUCGGUGUUGUGCCUCACUCUGUCCCCCUGGCCCAACAGCCAUUUGCCCUCCCAAGAGCUCUGCUUUUUAAUUUCAGUGCUCCCUUUUUUCCUGAGGGAGCCGUUGUGGGCUCCUGAGUUGCAGGCCCUGUUGAGUUAGCUCCCUUGUUAGUUCUGAUUGGAAAUUCCAAAUUCUGAAUAGGAUUUGAAAAAUGAAGGGUGGGGAGGUUCAUUUGGAACGAGAGUUCAACCUUGAGCACAAACAGUCGUUUUCUAUUGUAACCGAUGAUCUGAAAUGAGGGUCUUCAGACCCACCCACAUGUAUAUGCUGGUUUUCCUUCGAGCUGCGAUUACAGCCUCUGAAUCAGAGGUCAAAGCUGAUGAAUACGGCCAAUGAAGCUCGACCAUUCUUGGAAAAAAUGAAGUUUCACGGCAGAAGAAUAGAACAAACGGCAACAGGCCAAGCCUGAAUGGUUUUAGUUGAAGCUUUGUGGGGAAAAAAAAAAUAAUGUAUGAAUUGAAACAUGCGUUUUCAGCAACUUUCAUGGAUCAAGAGUUUGGCGGUAAUGCAAACCAGCCUAAACGGUGGUCCCCCAGUCCAAGUGUGAAACCCCCCCCCCCCCGAGUUGAGCGAUUGUGUCGUGAAUUGCUGGCUGUGUUUAUUGGAUCCACACAACGCGUGGACUGUAGAUUGUUGCUCUUCAAAAAUAUUUCUGAAUGCGGCUUUCUCAGAAUCUUGUCCCGUCAGGGAGUGUAACAAGCUUUAUAAAAGAGUAUUUGGGCACAGGAUGGUGUCCCCUGUUUUUAUGUCUAUCUGUUGUGGCAUUGCUGCAGUCGCCGGUGGACUUACCUUUUGCUCAACCAGGUUUGCCCCUCCCCUUUUUUUUGUGUGAGCUGUGCGUGGUGGUGAUCUCUUGUGACCGGGACAGACUGGGAGUCCAUGUGUCAGAUGAAAGCAAGUAUAUACAAGAUCUAUAAUAAAAUGUAUAAAAGAUGUUAUAUUCUUGUUCUCUUCCCACCUGACCCCCCCUCGGAUUGAUGUACAGAAUUAAUUUCAUUUUUUGAGGUUUUUAGAUGGCGUGCAGAUCAGAAAACAUUGGAGUAGAGUAAAAUUUAAUUUGGAGAAGCAGUGGGCGUCAAAUUUAAAUGUUCGUAGGCCGAGGCUCUCCGCGUUCACAUUGGAUGUUGUUGGACUUGUUUGAAGUGCACAGUAAGCUCAAAACUAUUUCAGAUUCAAAUUUUCCCAGUAUGCAUUACCUGAGUUAUUUUCAUUUCCUGCCAUGUUUUCACACUGAAUCAACCCUAUUGGUAUAAUUUGACACCUUUUUAAGAUAUCUGUACAGGAGCAGGGGUAAUGAUUUUCUGCACUUUUAAUUUGUCUAAUGCCAGACGACCAAGACGUCUUAUACGGCAGAACCUUGUCGAUAUGAACGUCUCGGAAAUGGAAAAUGACAUAUUUUUCUUGCUGUCUUUCAGUUGCAACUUCUUCUGCAGUAUUAUGUAUGUAACUAAUUCUCCAAGGUUGUUUUUUUGGAAAAGUUGUUGGUGAAAUUCUACCAGGAUCUGGUGGACAGACUAGAAUUAGAAUUGUUUGCCGUUGUACUGUCUGAAAUGUGCCAAAACACUGCAGGCUCAGCUAGAACCAGCAACAAUCUAUUUACUCAAAUUAAGCAAAAUAACUUGGGAGUACUGGUUACAUUUAAUUGCAUUGUAUUUCUAUGGCCCAUUUCAUUCUGUUGACCAGGGCACUGUCCCAUUAACUUGUAUUGACCGUUGCUGAUACUGAUGGUGAAACUGAUUGGUGAGUUCCUCGGCUCUGUGAUCUCACAAUGGGUGUUCUUGGGCUCUCUGACCUCACAGUCAGUUAUCUAUUGCUGUAUGACCUCACAGUAAGUAAUCAUCAGCAAAAAAAAAAAGCGUGGCUCAUAUUCAUAGCAGGAAUUGUUGAAUGUGAUCCACAACUGUCCUCUUCCCUCCCAUGAGCAGGGCUGCUCUAUUGAAAUUGGGAGCCAGAUUGUUAAUGUAUUUAGCACAUAGUCCGACUUUCUGGGAAGGCAGGGGAAGAGGGAAUUGUGAAUAUGGUGUACAAGUUUCAAGGGGUGGGCAUCAAUGUCCCUGGAUUAAAUCUUAGUGCUCCCAUCGGACAAGUACAUAUUCUCCUUUUCAUUUUUAUAAAGAUGGCCGUUUGCAUUAACAUUGAAGUGCGAAAAUGAGACUUUAGUUUUAGCAAACCUAUGGAUGUUUCUCCUCCUGAUUUGCCAAGCCGAGGUACAGACUCCUCCCCCUUUGUGAUUUAAUGAGCACUUCCAUGUAUAUGGCUUCUCUUUAAAAGUCAAUUUGGCUAAUAGCAGAUAACACUACUUUGAAGUUCUUUUGAAUACUUUUUUAAAUUUUAUCUUUGUAAAAGCUGUGAAAUGGAUCUUUAGGUUAAUCUGGAUGAUUACUUUAACGUCCCUCUGAUUUACAUUGGGGUAUUGUUCAAUAUCACCAUUUUUAUAAAUGUAUGUUUUCGUUUUUCUAUGUUUGGGGAAAGGGGGGUGGAUAAACAAUAAAUGCUGUAUGUUUAAAUCUUUAAA